UCAUCAGCAUCCUCCUCCUCCUCUUCCUCCUCCUCCUCAUCAUCAUCCACAGAGCGCGAUGUGACGCUGAGCCUCCGCCGCACACGAGCGACUACCGGCGGCGUGCUUGUGCUCGCCUCUCCCGCUUGCUUCCAUUCUGCUGCUCCGGAGAGCGAACGAGGAGGAGGAGCAGCGCCUUUUCUUGCGCCGACGUGCCCGCUCGCCGCAAGCUGCACCCGGCCAUGGCCUCCACGGCGGAACGGUCCAGCACGGCAGCAGAGCGUUGAGGCCAUGCAGUCUCUGUUCGGUGGCGGCGAGCUGGGCCUGCUGGGCGGGGCCAGCGAGGGCGGCGGUGGCCUGAAGGAGGACGUCUGCGGCGGAGUGGGGUGGCGCUCGCCGCCCCUCCCCGCCGCCGACGUCUACUCGCCGUCUCACUUGGCCCUGAUCGCCGCCUACCAGGACAUCAAGAGCCGGCUGGGCGGCCUGGAGCGCGAGAACAGCAGCAUCAAGAGGAAGCUCAAGCUCUACGAGAUCAAGUUCCCCAUGAUCAGCGAGUUCGGCGAGGACGCCAACUCUUACUGCUCCUUCGAGAGCAAAGAGACGGCGCUGCUGCACUCGGAGAACGACAACCUGCAGCAGAGGGUCAACAUCCUGACGCACGAGCUGCAGAAGAGGAAGGAGCGCGAGGAGCAGCUGGAGGAUGUGAUCCAGGCCUACGAGAAGAUCCACAUGGAGAAGGGCAACCUCCAGAGGGACCUGGACAAGAUGACGGGCCUGGUGGAGAAGCACGUGGAGCGCAUCCUGAGCCUGGAGGCGGCGCUGCGGCAACGAGACAAUUCUCUGCACAAGCUCAACGUGCAGCUGCACAGCAAGGACAUGCAGUACCUGCAGCUGCACGCGGGGCCAGACGCGCACAUGCUGGACUGUCCCGCCUUGACGCUGCAGAGCUCGCGCAGCCUGGACGCGUUGUCCGACCUGAAGGUGCAGCGGCUGGAGGCCGAGCUGGAGGGGGCGCGGCACGAGGCCCAGGGGGCAUGUCAGCGGGAGGAGGAGCUGAAGGCGCACUGCGAACGCCUCAAGGAGGACGUGAGGCAGCUGCAGGGCAGCCAGCGGGACAGGGAGAUGUCGUCGCCGUGCAAGCAGUGCGACGUGGAGUGGAUCAAGAAGGUGGGAGACGAGCAGGUCAACCUGGCGCUGGCCUACACGGAGCUGACGGAGGAGCUGAGCCGCCUGCGAGCGCUGAGCUCCAAGCAGACGGAGAUCCUGAGGAAAGCCUCCCAAGAGCAGCACAGUCCGGUCCAGCGGCACUCCCCCAUCCACCACCAGCGCCACUCGCCCGGGUCGCAGCGCCACUCGCCCAUCUCUCAGCGCCACUCGCCGGUGGCGCCGCAGCCGCCCGCGCACCACUCGCCCAUCCAGCAGCGGCGCUCGCCCGUGCUGCAGCGCCUCUCGCCCGACACGCACCGCCGCUCGCCCCUGCUGGACGUCAGCGAGGCGGGCCCGGCCUCGUACUCGUGCCGGCCGCCCAGCCAGCACCUGCGCGCCAGCUUCCAGGGCCGCCGCAGCUAUUCGGAAGUGACCGACCCGUCGGCGUACCAGUGCCCGCCGCGCUUCUCCCUGGACCCGGUGUCCACGCUGCCUAAGCCCCGCCCCUUCGUGGAGGGCUACUCCAAACAGACAGCCCAGCACUCGCCUCACGGCGGCCUGCAGCACAGAGGGGCGUCGUCGCCCCACCAGGGCGGCGGCGGAGGGGACGAGAGCGCCAUGCGCCACCCCAGGGAGAUGCCCUUUCCGCUGCGCUUUGAGCCGCCGCCGCCGCCGCCCUCGGCGCAGGCCCCGCCGCCGCCCCCACAGUCCUCCGAAGACGAGGAGGAGUGGACCUGCCCGCAUCCCAUCAGCCCGCCCAGGACGCUGGGCGCACUCUCGGCCGCCGUGCCCUCGGGCGCCAUGAGGGGUCCGGCGUCCUGCUCAACCUUCCCCGCCCCCCAGUGCGCCAACGCCCUGGGCUGCCACCCCCAGCCCGGCUACGUAUCGGCCGAGCACGCUCAGUCGUGGCCCUCCAUCAAUCUCUGGAUGGAGACGGAGGAGAGCGACGUGCGGAGCUGCCCGUUGUGCCAGCUGAUGUUCCCCGUCGGUUACCCUGACGACGCCCUCAUCAAGCACAUUGACUCCCACCUGGAGAACAGCAAGAUCUGAUCGCCAUGGCGACCGGAUGACCAACGUCAGAGGCUUGCAGGAAUUUAUUAUUUUUCUUUUGAUUAUUUUUUUAAUUUUCAACGACCAAAUGGGGUUGUAAUUUUUUUGGAAAGUUGCUUAUAAAUUCCCAUGGGAAAUGAAACUGGGGAAUUUUUGGAAUUUGGUCUCAAAACAACCCCCGCCAAAAAACU